UUGUACUUCAAGGCGGUCAGACAAGCUGAAACGUCCUUUCGUAUUUUUGGUUAGAAAUACCUGUGCGGUACGCGAUCGAACGCGAGCGUUCGACAAAUAUUUAAUCAGGAACUAAACAUCCCGCUUUGACAUGAGUCGAUUCUUUGCUACUGGCUCGGACUCGGAAUCCGACAGCUCAUCGGAGGAAGAGCAGAUUCCACGAGCACCGGCAGCAGCCUAUACGUUCAGUGAUGAGGAAGAAGAAACAAAGAGGGUCGUGCGAUCGACCAAAGAGAAGCGUUAUGAGGAAAUAACAAACUUGAUAAAGUUGAUCCGAAAUUACAAGAAGAUUAAGGACAUGAGUAGCAUGUUGACGAGUUUCGAAGAUCUGUGUAGAGCCUAUCAGAAAGCACUGACAGUAAUAAUGAAGGAAGAGGGUGGUCAGACACCACGUUUUUACCUGAGAUGUUUGGUUGAAAUGGAAGAUUUCAUAAACGAGGUGUGGGAAGAUAGGGAAGGUCGCAAGAACAUGUCGAAAAAUAAUUCGAAAUCUCUGACGUCGUUGCGUCAAAAACUGCGCAAGUAUAAUAAAGAUUUUGAGGAAGAAAUCGCGAAAUUCCGUGAAAAUCCAGAUCAGGAUGACGACGAGGAGGAGGAAAAAGCUGAAGAAGUUAAAGAAUCGGACGAGGAAGAAGAUGGCGCAGCAAUGUUCAAGAAGUCGAGUUUCGAGCCGACUGCUCCAGAUACGUCGAAAUUUAAGAAAGGUCCUGCAACCGGUGAUGAUGCGAGCGAGAGCGAUUCCGAUUGGGGAAGCGAUAGUGAUAGCGAUAGCGAUAGCAGUGACGACGAUGGCCAGUACCAGAAUCUCCGUGAGCGUUUCAUAAAAAAAGCUACCGACAAGGAGGACGACGAGGAUAAGACGAAGAAAAAGGAACAACGGAAGGAGCGUAAAGAGAAAGAACGCAAGAAGAAACGUGACGAAGAUGAUGGUGAAGGCGAAUGGGAAACUGUGAAAGGUGGCGUCGCAAUACCAUCGGAGAAGCCUAAAAUGUUCGCCAAGGAUGCAGAAAUCAACGUACCAGCUGUAUUGAAAAAAUUGUCGGAAGUAAUAGCAGCGCGUGGAAAAAAACGUACCGACCGACGAGAGCAAAUCGAGCUUCUUCACGAGCUCCAAUCUAUCGCUGAGACGCACAAUCUCGGACCUGCUGUUGCAGUUAAAAUCAAGUUUUCCAUAGUCUCGUCUAUCUUCGAUUACAAUCCCAAAGUUUCGGACGCCAUGAAACCUGAAUAUUGGUCCAAAUUACUAGAGCGUAUAUCCGAAAUGUUGGACAUGCUUUCGGCAACACCAGACAUGCAAAUCGCCGAGAAUAUCAAUGAGGAUUCGGAGGAAUUUGAAACGCCACCGUUCAAACUUCACGGUUGUGUUUUGACUCUUGUCGAACGAUUGGACGAGGAAUUCACGAAAUUAUUGAAAGAAUGUGAUCCUCACAGUAACGAGUACGUUGAGAGAUUGAAAGACGAGAAGCAAGUCGCCGGUAUAAUCGACAAAGUACAAGAGUAUCUCGAGAGACACGGUAGCGUUACUGAAUUGUGUCGCGUUUAUCUUCGCAAAAUCGAACAUCUUUAUUACAAAUUUGAUCCGAGCGUACUGAAGCAAAAAGAUGGUGAAAUUGGUAAAGAAGUCGUGACCUCUGUACAGGUUAUGGAAAAAUUAUGCAAAUACGUUUACGCCCACGACAACACUGAUCGUCUGCGUACACGAGCUAUUUUAUCCCACAUUUAUCACCAUGCUCUUCACGACAAUUGGUUCCAAGCGCGUGAUCUUAUCCUGAUGUCGCAUCUUCAAGAAACCAUCCAGCAUUCCGAUCCCGCAACGCAAAUUCUGUACAAUCGUACGAUAGCGCAUCUCGGUUUGUGCGCCUUCCGCCAUGCGAAUAUCAAGGACGCGCAUAAUUGUCUCGUCGAUCUCAUGGUCACGGGUAAGGUAAAGGAACUUUUGGCACAGGGUCUCUUGCCACAGCGUCAACACGAGAGAAGCAAGGAGCAGGAAAAAAUUGAAAAACAACGACAGAUGCCAUUCCACAUGCACAUCAAUCUUGAAUUGUUGGAAUGCGUUUAUCUUGUUUCCGCAAUGCUCAUCGAGAUCCCUUACAUGGCCGCACACGAGUUCGACGCCAGGAGACGUAUGAUUUCAAAAACUUUUUAUCAACAACUGCGUUCCAGCGAACGUCAGUCACUCGUUGGCCCGCCCGAAUCUAUGAGAGAACACGUCGUAGCAGCUGCUAAGGCAAUGAGAAAUGGAAACUGGUCUGCUUGCAAUAAGUUCAUCAUAAAUGAUAAAAUGAACGCUAAAGUAUGGGAUCUUUUCCACCAAGCCGACAAAGUACGCUCUAUGCUUACUCGUCUCAUCAAAGAAGAGGCUUUACGAACUUAUCUCUUCACGUAUUCUCACGUCUAUGAUUCAAUAUCGAUGCCAACUCUCGCCGAAAUGUUCCAACUUAAGCGUCCUGUCGUGCACUCGAUCAUCAGUAAAAUGAUCAUCAACGAGGAGCUAAUGGCUUCGCUCGACGACCCCUCGGAAACUGUUGUUAUGCAUCGCAGCGAACCGAGUCGUCUACAAUCGCUCGCUCUUCAAUUGACCGACAAAGUAAACAAUUUCGUCGACUCGAACGAGCGUAUAUUCGAAAUGAAACAGGGCAACUUCUUCUCGAGAGGUGGUAACCAGGGCAACUUCCGCGAUCGCCAAAAUUACAAUCGUCAGGGACAAGAUUGGGGCAGGCAGAGACGCGAUCGCGAACGUAAUCGCGAAGAGAAUCGUAAUUACUGAUCUUCGAUGAAAUAACAACUUUUUUCUUCUAUCAUGUUUUUUUAGCUCCGUGCUUUUAUCAGAAUUGCAGGAGACGAAAAAAACUAUCGCAUCGAAAAUCCCGAUACAAAGCGCUUUUUGCGAGCUCUUCUAUGGUCGUGUAAACAAUCGUUCAGAUUUUCAUCUGAAACAUUGUAAAAGAUAACCUUGUCAUAAAUAAAACAAUUAUUUGAAACAAAAAAUAAAA